GCAAGGAGGGCCGCCGAGGUGGCUCACGUGACUACCGGGGGAAGCGAAGCGACGAGGAAAGAAGGCUGGGCCAGGAGGACGGGGGCGGGAGUCGGGACGGCGGAGAAGGCAAGAUGGCCGUCGCCGGCUGUUGCUGGGAGAAGUGAAGGCGGCGAAGAGCAGCUUUUCCAGUGACACCGACUGAGCGCGCACUCUCAGCUCUGCCGCCACCACGACGCCUCCUCUAGUGGUUCGCUCUCAAAUCCUGCUGGUAACUGGUAUUGUAGAGCUUGACCUACUCAAAUAUGGCAAGUCUGAUGUCUCAGAGUUUGGUGACAUAUGUAGAAGAAGAAAAUGUUCCUGCUUUGAAGGCAUUCCUUGAGAAAUGCAAAGAUGUGGAUGAGAGAAAUGAAAAUGGCCAGACUCCAUUGAUGCUAGCUGCUGAGCAAGGCAAUUUAGAAAUUGUCCAAGAAUUGAUAAAGAAAGGUGCAAACUGCAACUUGGAAGAUGCAGAUAACUGGACAGCUCUCAUCUCAGCAGCUAAAGAGGGGCAUGCUGCCAUUGUGUCUGAGUUACUUAAUUGCAAUGUGAACUUGGAACACCGAGACAUGGGUGGAUGGACAGCCCUUAUGUGGGCAUGCUACAAAGGCUGUACUGAAGUAGCUGAGCUGCUGCUUGAAAAAGGAGCAAACCCAAACAUCACUGGGCUGCAAUACAGUGUCUAUCCCAUAAUUUGGGCAGCAGGGCGGGGCCACUCUCGUAUAGUAGAACUCUUACUGGAACAUGGAGCUAAAGUCAAUUGUUCUGACAAGUAUGGUACUACACCAUUGAUCUGGGCAGCACGAAAGGGACAUCUGGAAUGUGUGAAAUAUUUGUUGCAUAUGGGAGCAGAUGUUGAUCAAGAAGGAGCUAAUUCGAUGACUGCACUUAUUGUAGCAGUAAAAGGUGGCUUUACAGACUCAGUAAAAGAAAUCCUGAAAAGGAAUCCAAAUGUAAACUUAACAGAUAAAGAUGGAAACACAGCUUUGAUGAUCGCCGCAAAGGAGGGCCACACGGAAAUUGUGCAGGAUCUGUUAGAUGCAGGGACUUAUGUGAACAUUCCUGAUAGGAGUGGUGAUACCGUGCUGAUUGGGGCUGUCAGAGGAGGUCACGUUGAAAUUGUGAGGGCCCUGCUUCAUAAAUAUGCUGAUAUAGACAUUAGAGGUCAGGAUAAUAAAACUGCUUUAUAUUGGGCUGUUGAGAAAGGAAAUGCUGUCAUGGUGAGAGAUAUCUUGCAAUGCAAUCCAGACACCGAAACAAGUACAAAGGAUGGUGAAACACCUCUUAUAAAGGCCACCAAGAUGAGAAAUAUUGAAAUAGUAGAGCUUCUGCUUGAUAAAGGAGCUAAGGUUUCUGCUGUAGACAAGAAAGGAGAUACUCCACUUCAUAUUGCUAUUCGUGGGAGAAGCCGUAGACUUGCAGAAUUGCUCUUAAGAAAUCCCAAAGAUGGCAGGCUUCUUUACAGGCCCAAUAAAGGUGGAGAGACACCUUAUAACAUUGACUGCAGCCACCAGAAAAGCAUUUUAACUCAAAUAUUUGGAGCUAGACACUUGUCUCCUACUGAAUCUGAUGGAGAUAUGUUGGGCUAUGAUCUUUAUAGCAGUGCACUAGCGGAUAUUCUUAGUGAGCCAACUAUGCAGCCACCCAUCUGUGUUGGACUAUAUGCUCAAUGGGGAAGUGGGAAAUCUUUUCUGCUCAAGAAACUUGAAGAUGAAAUGAAAACUUUUGCUGGACAGCAGAUUGAACCUUUGUUCCAAUUUUCCUGGCUUAUUGUAUUCCUUACACUUUUGUUGUGUGGAGGCCUUGGUUUACUGCUUGCAUUCACUGUAGACGCAAAUCUUGUAAUAGCGAUUUCAUUGAGCUUACUGGCACUGCUAUAUGUAUUUUUCACUGUGAUAUACUUUGGUGGCCGAAGAGAAGGAGAGAACUGGAAUUGGGCAUGGGUGUUAAGUACGAGGUUGGCAAGACAUAUUGGCUACAUGGAGUUGCUUCUUAAACUCAUGUUUGUGAACCCACCUGAGUUGCCAGAACAGACUACUAAAGCCUUACCUGUCAGAUUUUUGUUCACAGAUUACAACAGACUGUCCAGUGUAGGUGGAGAAACUUCAAUGGCUGAGAUGAUUGCUACACUCUCAGAUGCCUGUGAGAGAGAAUUUGGUUUCUUAGCAACACGUCUUUUUCGAGUAUUCAAGACAGAAGAUACGCAAGGAAAAAAGAAAUGGAAGAAAACUUGUUGUCUUCCAUCCUUUGUUAUUUUCCUCUUCCUUCUGAGCUGUGUUGUUGCUGGGAUCACUCUUCUAGCGAUUUUUAAAGUGGAUCCAGAGAACAUGACGGUCAAUGCUAUUCUGAUAUCAUUUCUCUGUGUUGUGGGUCUGGCCUUUAUCUUGAAUUGUCGCACAUGGUGGAGAGUGAUGGACUCGGUCUUGAAUUCCCAGAGAAAGCGCCUUCAUAAUGCUGCUUCAAAGCUACACAAGUUGAAAAGUGAAGGGUUUAUGAAAGUUCUUAAAUGUGAAGUGGAACUGAUGGCAAAGAUGGCAAAAACCAUUGAUAGUUUUACUCAGAAUCAAACCAGGCUUGUGGUAAUUAUAGAUGGAUUGGAUGCAUGUGAACAAGACAAAGUUUUGCAAAUGCUUGACACAGUUCGAGUCUUAUUUUCAAAAGGCCCAUUUAUUGCCAUUUUUGCUAGUGACCCGCAUAUUAUUAUAAAGGCAAUUAACCAGAAUCUAAAUAGUGUAUUACGGGACUCUAAUAUAAAUGGACAUGAUUACAUGAGAAAUAUAGUCCAUUUACCUGUUUUUCUUAACAGUCGUGGACUCAGUAGUGCUAAAAAGAUGAUGGUAGCGGCAACCACGAAUGGAGAUGUUCCAUACACAGAUGGUUCAGGAUUCCAUGAUGAUGUUGAUCGGAGAGUUUCACAGAAUAGCCUGGGAGAUGUGACCAAACUUGGAAGCAAAACAGCUCUCAACAGACGGGAUACUUACAGAAGACGACAAAUGCAACGUUCCAUUACACGACAAAUGUCUUUUGAUCUAACUAAACUACUGGUUACUGAAGACUGGUUCAGUGAUAUUAGCCCACAGACUAUGAGGCGAUUGCUCAAUAUUGUUUCUGUGACAGGGCGUUUAUUGAGAGCUAAUCAGAUUACUUUCAACUGGGAUAGGCUGGCUAGCUGGAUCAACUUGACAGAGCAGUGGCCUUACAGGACAUCAUGGCUCAUUUUGUAUUUGGAAGAAACUGAAGGUGUUCCAGACCAGUUAACUUUAAAAGCAAUCUAUGAGAGAAUUUCAAAGAAUAUUCCAACAACUAAAGAUGUUGAGCCUCUCCUUGAAAUUGAUGGGGAUAUUCGCAACUUUGAAGUAUUUUUGUCUUCACGAACUCCAGUUCUUGUGGCACGUGACGUAAAAACCUUUUUACCAUGUACAGUAAACCUUGAUCCAAAGCUCCGAGAAAUCAUUGCAGAUGUCCGUGCUGCAAGAGACCAAAUGAACAUUGGAGCGAUCCCAUAUCCCUCAUUACCUUUACAAGAAGUGGCUCCUAGACCAUCGUCAGUGUUUAGUCAGCCCUCAUCAGCUGGCUCUUCAACACAGUCCUUUAAUGGGCCUUUUAAUGGAGGACUUGUAUCACCACAACCCCACAGCAGCUACUACAGUGGAAUGACAGGACCUCAGCAUCCAUUCUAUAAUAGACCAUUCUUUGCCCCAUAUGUUUACAUGCCAAGGUAUUACCCUGGCAGUUCUCAUCUCAUCUCACGUCCAUCACUAAAAACGAAUUUGUCCAGGGAACAGAGCAGUGUUCUAUUACCUCAGGACAUUCAGCAGCUGCAAAUGACAAGACAAAGCUGGGCAAUUGGCUCUUUUGAGGAUGGAAACGAGGAGGACAGUUCUGUCAUGAGCUUUAGGGAUAAGUUUAAAACUGGGUUAAACAGACAGAGACAGGGAACAGGAACAAUCCCAGCUUCUAGCUCAGGCUCAGUAAUAUCACAUGUGCCUUUGAGCUCAAUGACUGUUGAUGCUGUGUGUGAGAAAUUGAAACAGAUAGAAGGACUAGACCAAACUAUGCUGGCUCAGUACUCUGCAACUAUAAAGAAGGCAAACAUAAACGGCCGUGUUUUAGCACAGUGCAACAUUGAUGAACUGAAGCGAGAAAUGAACAUGAAUUUUGGUGACUGGCAUCUUUUCAAGAGUGCAGUACUUGAGAUGAGAAAUGCAGAAAGUCAAGCUGUCCAUGAAGAUUCCCGCACAGUGAAUGAACAUGCCACUGCAGUUCCUCACAAUGACCUUACUCGUCGUCCUACCCUGAAUACUGAAUUGCCUCACACUGAACUUACUGGUCUUCCGGGUCAAGCUCCUUAUACUCUCAACUUCAGCUUUGAAGAACUGAACACUAUUGGUCUGGAAGAGGCCCAUCCCCGUCAUAGUAACCUAAGUUGGCAGUCGCAAACCCGACGAACUCCAAGUCUUUCAAGCCUCAACUCUCAAGAUUCUACUAUUGAAAUAUCAAAGCUUACUGAUAAGGUACAGGCAGAAUAUAGGGAUGCUUAUAGGGAAUAUAUAGCUCAAAUGUCACAGCUAGAAGGGGGUGCAAGCUCUAGCACUGUGAGUGGGAGAUCUUCCCCACAUAGUUCAGCAGCCUUUUAUAUGGGUCAGAGUACGUCAACAAGCUCCCUUCAUUCCAGUAUGGAGCAAGAUAAAGGUAAGGAUGCAGAACAGAAACAAGAUGAUGGAAGAAAAUCUUUCUUGAUUAAGCGGAAUGAUGUUGCAGAUUAUAGUACUUCAGGUGUGUCUACCAGUGAUGCAUCUCCUUUGGAUCCCAUUACUGAAGAAGAUGAAAAAUCAGAUCAGUCUGGCUCCAAACUUCUGCCAGGGAAGAAGUCUUCAGAAAGAACCAGCAUUUUCCAAGCUGCAGAUCUAAAGCUGAAGGGAGUAGCUCUACGCUAUCAGAAGCUCCCAAGUGAUGAAGAUGAGUCUGGAACAGAAGAAUCUGAUAACACUCCCCUCCUCAAGGAAGGAAAAGACAAGAAAAUAGAAGGGAAAAUAGAGAAGCAACCAAAAUCUCCAGAGCAUGGGCCUGAGCCCAUUAGAACCUUGAUUAAAGCAAAGGAAUACUUGACAGAUGCACUUCUAGACAAAAAAGAUUCUUCUGACUCUGGGGUGCGAUCCAGUGAAAGUUCUCCGAAUCACUCUCUCCAUAACGAUGGAGAUGACUCCCAGCUUGAAAAAGCUAAUCUCAUAGAGCUGGAAGACGAUAGCCGCAGUGGGAAAAGGGGAAUUCCCCUUAGUUUGAGUGGCCUUCAAGAUCCAACCAUGGCUCGCAUGUCAAUUUGUUCAGAAGACAAGAAAAGCCCUUCAGACAGCAGCUUAAUAGCAAGCAGCCCUGAAGAGAACUGGCCAGCAUGCCAGAAAGUGUACAACUUAAACCGAACACCUAGUACUGUCACCCUGAAUAACAACAGUGCACCAACCAACAGAGCUAAUCAAAAUUUUGAGGAGAUCGAAAGGGAGCCUUCUCAAAUCAUUCUGCGCCCUGAAUCAAGUUCUAAUUCUGUUCAGAAUGAUAACCUAAAAGGUGUGACCCACAAGCGAAGUCAGCGCUCAAGUUAUGCCAGGCUUUCGAAAGAUGCUUCUGAGCUUCUUGCUGUUACUGGGUCUGAUGCUGCAGGCUUUGGGGAAGAGAGAGAGAGUAUUCUUUAAAAGAUCAAAAUUAAUGCAGCAUAACUGAAUAACUAUUUUACAUUUUCUUGUUCCUGUUUAGGGAUAUACAUUUUCAUUAGACUUCCCUUGCUUAUCAUGGCUUGAAUUCCCCUCCCUCUCUCCAUCCAGUCAUUAUCAUGGCAAAUUAAGGACACAGUCUAGCCCAAAUUGAGUUUGCUUAAAGCCCAUAAGCAGUGUUUAACUGAUAUAAAAGUGCCAGUUCCUUGAAAUGAAUGUUGGGGAGGGAAGGAUUUUUAUGAUCAGAGACAGAAUAGCUUACAUAUAUACAAUAGGUCUUAAUGCUUUCUAUUGGUCAUUUAAAAGUUUUAAUUUGGGAUGGGUGAGGAUUUCAACAUGUCAGCCAAAGCGAAAGGAGUAGAGUAUUACAAACUUAAUAUUCAUAGGAACAACUAUUCAUAAAUGUUUUCUAGUUCAGAAUGUGAUACACUUUUAAAAGUAUUGAUGGUAAAAGUACAGAUACUGAGUUGUUUGAUGUCCAGGGAUAGUAUCACUUAAACCUAUUACUGUAUUGACAAGUUUUAACACAAUUACUGCAUGUUGAAAAUGUGAUUCUGGUUUGAGAUUUGGAUGUAAUUGGCUGGAUUCUCUGUUCAUUGUAGAUGGUGUUUAACAGUAAUAAUCAAAUGAUUGUACAAAGUAACUGUGACCAUGGUGCUACAUAAUUUUUAGGCUAAUGUUUGGUGUAGUAUUUUGCACUUAUUAUGAAGUACUUAAAAGUUUUCAAAUGAAUAACCUUUGAUUAUUAUAUUCAGUUUUAUCUGAUUGUGAAGAGUAAAAGAGCAAUUGGUGGUUGUCAUUACUUUGGUAAUUAAAAGUCCAACAUGUUACAUUGUGUAGCAAAAUCAGCACAGAAUCCUAUCCUUUCAGGUUUUAGUAUUGGCUGUAAUGUCAGUAAUUCAUACUGCAAAUGAAAUAGCCAUGAAUUUGAAAGUGAUUGGUAAAUUGUCUGUAUUCCAUUAGUAUAAAUAAAAUAAGCGUGCUGCUC